AUGCUGGCUUUGUCCAUAGAGAACUGUGCGCGCGAACAGGAACUGGAGAAAAUAGCCUUACAGACGAUAGAAGAAAAUCGGCGUGAGGAGGAAAUGUAUGCACAGGAAGCGACGGAGCUCGAAGGCGUAGUCGCAGAGCUUGAUUCACAAAAGAGCAAAAUGCCAGAAGACCAACAGCGACUGCAAGAAAGUCUGCGCGAAAAGCGCGACGUCGUCGAAGACCGUGCACAUCGUAAGUUGUCAUUCCCAUUUAUGUUCUCAUGCUGCGCAUGUCAGCCAAGUUAA